CCACAAUACUGGGUCAACUACUGAUUACACGCUGAUCAUGUCGGCCUGGAAAGUGGCAGGGAUAGUGCUCUUAACUGCAAUUGCAGUGACAUAUAUACCGAACUAUUUGAACCGGCUUCCAGUGAGAGACGUUCAAGGAUGGACGGCACCAGGGUGGAAGAAAGUGGCAAAGGUGUACAGUGAUAUGCUCAAGUCUGGCCAGGAAAAGGGUGGAGGCUUUGCAGUGUACCAUAAAGGAGAACUGGUGGUGGACAUAUGGGGUGGUUACAGAGAUACGCAGGGAGAAGGGGUCCCGUGGAAGGAAGACACUUUGGGUUUGUUCUUUUCCACAACAAAAGGCGUGGCUGCUCUCAUGGUGGCCAUGUUGGUUGACAGGGGUCACCUAGACUACGAUAAGACUGUGGCUACUUAUUGGCCCGAGUUUGCACAGAAUGGAAAAGAGAAGGUCACGGUGGCCCAGCUGUUAAGUCAUCAGGCCGGGCUUUCGGCAGUAGACUUUGAAGUGACAGAAAAGUUGCACAAUAACACGGAAGAAUUUGGCAAGCUUCUUGCAGGACAAAAACCAUUUUGGAAACCAGGCACCGCUCAUGGAUACCAUGCCCUCACAUUUGGUAUGUAUGUGGACCAGCUAAUGAGACGCGCAGACCCAAAGAAGAGAGGUGUCCAACAGUUUUUUAAGGAAGAGUUAGCAAAGCCACUUGGUCUGGAUUUUUUCAUCGGUCUUCCACCAGAGGAGAUGUAUAGAAUGUCUAGACUUUAUAUGAUGGGAUUAGCGGAGGGCUUUGUCCACAACAUCUUAACUGCCAAUUUCGAGUCGUUCAAUUUGUAUAAGCAUAUGCUCUUUGACCCUCUAGCUCAAAAGGCAAUGUCGUCGGCGGCUUUUCUUAACAAACAAAGUUUAAAUCAGAUAGAAAUAUUAAGGAUACCUUUGGCGUCCAUGAUGGGCAUAGGCACACCCAAAAGUAUUGCCAAACUGUACGGCGUACUGGCUAACGGGGGAGCAACGAAGGAUUUCCGCAUGCUUUCUAAAGGAAUGAUAAAGAAAUUGCAAGAGCCAGCUCAACAAACAGAAGACCCUAAGGAUCGGACUUUGGGAUUUGAAUCUGAGAUAAAACUCGGCUUUUUCGUCGCGAACAAUCCUAAGGGUCAACCCUUGAUUGGUCAUCCAGGUGCCGGUGGUCAAAUGGGAUAUGCAGAUGUGAAUUAUAACCUUGGUUUUGCAUAUCUUACUAACCACGGUGGUACCAGAUUGGUUGAUCCAAGGUACAUCGCACUCGCUGAAGCAACUUAUGAAUGUGCCGACGCAGCCAUAAAAACCAAAAAGUGAUGAACUAUUUAUAAUCUCUCAUUUUUUACUUUAAACAUAAUUAUAUGUACUAUUAUAGUAAAUUAGUUAUUUGUGAUAGCGAUUCAACUCUUCACCUCAAUCGGUCAGAUGACGAAUCAAGGUGAGAAUUAAUUGGCAUUAUGCUAAGCAAGGAGGCAUAUUACAUAAAUGUAUAUGGCGUCCAUUUGUUGUUAAUAACCAAGUUAAAGUGGUAAAGAAUAAAAUGUGUUCUUCAUUAUAUGAAACCCGUUUCUUCCAAACACUUCUUCGUGUAGACGGCUGUAAAUGGGCACUGUUCAAUCCGAGAAGAAACUAAUCUGGCUGUCUUACAUUUAUACAGGUUUCUACUUUUAUAAACAUCAUAAUUAUAAUUCAUAUGCAAGAUAGCUUGAAAUAUUGUCUUAAGAUGAGAAAUAUACAUGCAUUCACACGU